AUGAUUAAGAAUAAUGUGCAUGGUUUAGAUGAAAGGAUAGAAGAGAUGGACAUGAAAUACAAGAAAAUAGUUGGUAAUCUGGCUGCUAAUUUGGCUGCCACAACUCUGAAGGUUAAAACAAGAUACUUCCAUCGAAUUGGUGUGGGUGGGAAGGGAUUCUUGAAAUUCUACGACAACAUUAAAGGUUUACCUAAUCACAAGAUCUUCCGCCCCGGAAAAAGCUACCCUGUUAUCGUUCGACAUAGCAAUAGUUUAAGUGCUGAUGAUGAUGCCAGGAUUGAUGCACGUGGUGCAGCAGUGCGAAUACUACCAGAUAAAUUAGGCAUUGAUGCCCCACUCCUUGACCUAACAUUAAAAACAGGCAAGGCAUUUUAUGCUCGCACAAUAGCUGAUUUUGCAACAUGGCUAGUUUGUGGGCUUGCUGCCAGGGAGGAGCAUGUUAAGCGAGUCCCACAUGUGCGUGAUGCAGUCUGGAAUUCCCUCCGCCAAGCUGAUUCAUUUGCAGAGCUACAUUACUACUCAAAUAUCUGCAGGCUCUUCCGGUUCACAGAUGGACAAGAAAUGUAUGUAAAAUUCAAGAUACGGCCUUACGAUGUAACUAUCGAUGAAGGCUCUGGUAAGGUGGAUCCUAUUGGAAUUCUCCCUCCUGAAACGGGUGCAAUUCCUAGAGAUGAUAAUGACACUCGUCCUUUACUUUUCCUCGCUGAAGAUUUCCAGCGCCGUGUGAGUUCGCCUAAUGGGGUCCGUUACAUUUUCCAACUACAAGUCCGGCCGGUUCCACAAGAUGAAGCCACUCGUGACAUUGCACUUGACUGCACCACACCAUGGGAUGAGGCCGCGUUCCCAUAUAUUGAUGUUGGGGAGAUUCAUAUUGAUCAAAAUCUCUCCAGGAAGGAGUCAGAAGAGCUGGAGUUCAACCCAUUUAUCAGAUGCCAUGAGGUGGAUGUCAUCAGGGCCUCAUCAUGCUCCCAAAGUGCUUCAAUUGACCAUGGUCGUUCACUGAUCUAUGAAAUUUGUCAGCAUUUGCGCAACGGUGAACCUCUUCCAGAGUCUUGGAGGAUCUUCCUAGAACAAUCUGAUGUCAAAGUAGACCUCUCUGUUUGUCCAAUGGCAGCAGCAUUGGAGAAGAAAGAAACAAAAACAAUAACCCUUGCCAGGACUUGGAUCAAGAUCGGAGAAGGUGGAGUUGUAGGGAGUAGAUCUGUUACCAUGCCUGGGGUGAUGGUGGAGAAUGGGGGCAGCCUUCCCGCUCUCUCCCUUGCCAUGAAAGAAGAAAUUAUUAAGUCAAGGAAAGAGACUACUUCUAUAGACGUGGAUUUAUUCUCAAAGAUCAUAUAA